UCAGUAGUCAAUUAUAGAGGAACGCGAGCAGUUGCUGCGGAAUAAAUCAACUUCUUGUGAACUACAUACAUACAUAUAUCCAGAAAUAUGCGUUUCGUGAUUUUUGUGCUUAUCUGCUACAUUUCCUUAGCAAUAAAGGCUGAUGACCAUGAAGAUUGCGAGGGUUCACUAUGUAAAAAUGGUGAAUGCAUUGAUGAUCUGGAGUGGUGUAAUGGGUCUGUGGAGUGCUCAGAUGGAUCUGAUGAAAUGGAUUGUAAAGCCGCAUUAUGCUCAGAUUCAGCUUUUAAAUGUAACUAUGGCGCUUGUAUACCGGUUGAUAAAGCUUGCGAUAAAGUAUUCGAUUGCUUGGAUGGCAGUGAUGAAUCGUUUCAAAAUUGUGAUCCUAUGUUUUGUAAACCCAAUAAAUUCCAAUGUGGAAAUGGCGGAUGCGUAGAUUUAAGCAAAAAAUGUGAUGGGAAAUUCGAUUGUCCCGAUCAAACCGACGAAUAUCCGCCCUUGUGUGGCUAAAUGCGGUCAUUUAAGUCUUUCCAAAACUAUAUUUUCAACCCAUUUUAAAAGUGAGUCGCAAAAGUGAAUAUCAAAGGGAACAAACAAAUAAACAUUUUCUCUUUAUGCGAACAGUGUAACUCUUCAUAUAUGUAAUAUUUAAAUAUAAAUAUGUGAAAAACAUAAA